AUGCCCCGCGAAAUUAUAACUCUACAGCUAGGACAGUGUGGCAACCAGAUUGGCUUUGAGUUCUGGAAGCAGCUGUGUGCAGAGCAUGGCAUCAGCCCGGAAGGCAUUGUGGAGGAGUUCGCCACGGAGGGCACCGAUCGCAAGGAUGUGUUCUUUUACCAGGCAGAUGAUGAGCACUACAUUCCACGGGCAGUACUGCUGGACUUGGAACCUAGGGUCAUUCACUCCAUACUGAACUCGCCAUAUGCCAAUCUGUACAACCCGGAGAACAUCUACUUGUCAGAGCAUGGAGGUGGUGCUGGGAACAACUGGGCCAGUGGCUUCUCUCAGGGUGAGAAAAUCCAUGAAGACAUCUUUGACAUCAUUGACAGAGAGGCAGAUGGGAGUGACAGUCUGGAGGGCUUUGUGCUGUGCCACUCCAUUGCAGGUGGAACAGGAUCAGGUCUGGGCUCCUAUCUGCUGGAGAAGUUAAACGACAGGUACCCCAAGAAGCUAGUGCAGACGUACUCGGUGUUCCCGAACCAGGACGAGAUGAGUGACGUGGUGGUGCAGCCGUACAACUCCCUGCUGACGCUGAAGCGGCUGACGCAGAACGCCGACUGCGUGGUAGUGUUGGAUAACACCGCCCUGAACCGGAUUGCCACGGACAGAUUACACAUCCAGAACCCCUCUUUUUCACAAAUCAAUCAGCUGGUCUCCACCAUUAUGUCUGCCAGCACCACAACACUACGCUACCCAGGCUACAUGAACAAUGAUUUGAUUGGUCUGAUUGCAUCCCUCAUCCCUACACCCCGCCUUCACUUCCUUAUGACUGGCUACACUCCGCUCACCACUGACCAGUCGGUGGCCAGCGUGAGGAAGACCACGGUGCUGGACGUGAUGAGGAGGCUGCUGCAGCCCAAAAAUGUCAUGGUGUCCACAGCCAGGGACAGGCAGACCAACCACUGCUAUAUCGCCAUCCUUAACAUCAUCCAAGGCGAAGUGGACCCCACACAGGUACACAAAAGCUUGCAGCGGAUUCGAGAGCGUAAGCUGGCCAGCUUCAUUCCUUGGGGCCCUGCGAGCAUUCAGGUGGCCCUGUCCAGGAAGUCCCCUUACCUGCCCUCUGCCCACCGAGUCAGUGGGCUGAUGAUGGCCAAUCACACCAGCAUCUCCUCGCUGUUUGAACGCACGUGCCGGCAAUACGACAAGCUGCGGAAGCGGGAGGCCUUCCUGGAGCAGUUCCGGAAGGAGGACAUAUUCAAGGACAACUUUGACGAGCUGGACGACUCACGCGAGGUUGUCCAGCAGCUCAUUGACGAGUACAGCGCUGCCACACGCCCCGACUAUAUCUCCUGGGGCUCCCAGGAGCAGUGAACAUCCUGCAGGUGGUGCUCAGUGCAUGGCUAGGCAGGCAGGUUGCCUUCCCUUUCAUUGGUGUGAUCCAGUUAGAGACACCCAAGGCAAAAAAAUGCCGCUUUUCUACCCCCCUCUCACAAUUUAGCUCAAUAUCUUUGAGGAAUCCAUCCCCAGGGUCCUUGCAUAACCCAGUGCCUGAAUUCAGUCCAAUGUGUUGUUAAUUGAUGGAACAGUCACAAAUUUUCCCAUUUUCUGAGGAUCCCCUGAUAUGCGUGGAUCUGUUCUGCUUUUCUUCCUCAUUCUUCUGUUUUCCCAAGGCUGAAUACGGAGUUCUGAACUAGAUUCAUUAUUUCUGUCUGUGGCAGUCUGUUUUGUCUUGAUGGGUGACAGCAUGGAUAUGUGUUUUCAUUGAUCCUUGUGGCCUGAAAAACCUGUUCCAUCCAGACUUUAUAGUGUAGGAACCAGAGUGUGUAGUGCAGGCUGUCUCUCUGCUGUUUCACCACACCAGGUUGCAGGAUUUGUUAACCAGAACCAACAACCAAAAAAAGCAGCAGGUAUGAAAGGAAAGUGCUCAUUUGGUGGGGGAUCCAGUUCAGUUACAGCCUAGGGGGUCAGACAGAAUGGCAUGAAUUCUCCCAUAGUAAACCUCCUGGGUAACUGACUGCAUACAGACACAAGGAAGGAAUAGGCAGUCCUUGUUUGGGAAGUUGGAUACAGUAGCUAAAUGAGUUGUUAUUUCUUGCAGUAAUUAUUAGUUAUUGUUAAUCAUUUGUUAUGUUGCUCUGGUUGAAUGUAAAUGGAGACUUUUCAUUGUAUAGAGACUUAAGUGGUAUAGGCUGGAUGAAGCCUUUGGUUUGUGGAGUUUCCUCUGCCCACAGACUGUACUUCUCUACAGGUCUCAGUAUUGUUUUCAAGGGUCAGUGUAACCAUGCAGGUAUCCUAUGGCAGUUUCUGUUCCUUUGUAAGGGUCCAUUGAGCUCCACUUAGUUCUGCUAAUAAUGAAAGUCCAGACGCAUGAAUUGUACACACCUCACUGUAGGUCUUGAACAGUAUUUUGUGGCACGCCUAGUGUUCAUAUUCCUUCAGGUACACAUGAUAAUCACAUGCACUUUAGAGCUGCAAGCCAGGGAAGACUAUCGGAGAUAAGAUAUUCUACAAGGAGGCAAUUGGUUACUUUGGGACAUGCUUAACCUCACACCCUUGCAAAAUGGCCUGUUUACUUGAGGAUCUUAACUCGUCCUAUAGGAUGAUGAUAGAAGGGUUGUGAUGAUUAUGAAAAGAUAACAUUUGGAGCCCACCAGCACUUUCAUAGCCUCCUUCCAAGGAAUUUUUUUAUAAAUAUGCAACACUCUCGGCAUCUUCAGCGAAAUCGCUGUACACAUUUUUUGUUUAUUGUGGUAUAAGGCAGUCUGUGUAUUUGAUUGUUUGCAGAGACUUGUUGUUUAGCUCAAUUUGCAUGGUCAAAUGCACAAUUUCACCAGUUUAUGCUUUGAAAAGUUCAAAUGUGUAAUUAAUGUAAAACUUGCAUUGCCCA